UUUCAAUAUAAUAGAUUGUUAAAAUCAACCAUCUACACAUUAACAUGUGAUCACUGAAAACUUUUGUUCUAGCAAUGAAUUUUCUAGUACGUCUUUAUGCUCUCUCAUUUUUCUAUGUGACGGUUACGUCGCCACACAUCGUUUCUCAUGCGUUCCAAGAUAAUAAUAAUAGACUUCAAGAUAUCAACAAAACUAUUGUCGUAGAUCAAUCUGGUAAAGGUAACUUCAAAACCAUACAAUCGGCUAUCGACUCAGUUCCCUCCGGUAACGACCAUUGGAUCAAAAUUUAUGUAAGGGAAGGAAUUUACAAUGAAAAGGUAGUAAUUCCGAGGGAUAAGCCAAAGAUACAAAUGGAGGGAAAUAAAGCAUCAGAAACGAUAAUUCAGUUUAACGAAGGGGGAGAAGCCGUAACGGGUGCUACUUUCAGAGUGUUAGCUGAAUACUUCGUCGCUAUUAAUAUAACAUUUAAGAAUACUUGUAAUCAGGAGAAGCCUAUGACACCGUUCGGUGAGAUAAAAAUAGCUCCGGCGGUUGCAUUAGUAGCUGACAAGGCAGCAUUCUUCGGUUGCGGAUUUUACAGUGUCCAAGACACGAUCGGUGACGUACUCGGCCGCCACUACUUUGAAAAAUGUCACAUCAAAGGAGCCAUUGAUUUCAUUUGGGGAAAAGGACAAUCUAUUUACCAAAGUUGCGUGAUAGACAUUUUGGGAGUGAUAAAAACAGCAAAAGAAGAACAAGUGAACAGAGGAAGACUAAUAGGUGGAUUCAUAACCGCACAAGGGAGGGAAACAGAGCAGGAGCCAAAUGGGUUCGUGUUCAAUGAAUGCUCUAUUAUUGGAGUUGGUAAAGCAUUCCUUGGAAGAGCUUACCGAAACUACUCGAGAGUUAUCUUUUUCAAUACUUACAUGGCAGAUGUUAUUGUUCCUCAAGGCUGGGAUCCUUGGUCAUUUCGAGGAAAAGAAGAUAAAUUUACGUAUGCGGAGGUAAAUUGCAGCGGGCCAGGGGCAAAAAAGGAAAAAAGAGUGACUUGGGAGAAGAAUCUGUCGACUCGAGAUGUUUCUUACUUUACAAAUCCAAAGACUUUUUUAGAUAAAGAUGGUUGGAUAAGAACUCUUCCUCCUCAUCCAUUUUCUUUUCAUCCACCAUCUUUUGAUUUAGAUGAAAAUUCAUUUGGUUGAACAAAAACAAAGGCUCAUUUACUACUUACUAGAUCAAAAAUUAAAAUUGGCGUAGCUGAAUUCUCAAUGCUAUGGUACAAUCCGAGAGAUCAAUUAGUCUUUAAACGUUAAUCUAUAUUGGUUGACUUCAUCUCUUUUAUGAUAUACUAGGUAAUAACCAGAUCAUCUCCGGA